GGCACCAGUCUCGAUCCAACAGCACGCCGCGCCGCUCGCCCUCACCCCGGCAGGGAAAGCAUGAUACUACUUUACAACUGAAACACGUCGUAUAAACUUUACACUUGUCACAUGAAAGUUGAAGGGAAGAAAUUAGUGAGCAAGAUGCCGGAAGGAAUAGAGCCCGUGUCCAGAGUCAUCUACCGCGAAGUCACGCCGGAGCUGUCCCAGCAUAUGUUGUCGGAUGUGGACAAGCUACCGGCGGUGCAGCUCGGUGACUUCCUGCUGCAGAUAGAGCUGGACGAACCGAGCGACACCUUCCGGGAGAUCGCGCGCAAGGAGCUGCGGGAGACGCCAGAAAUCACCGGGCCCGCCAUUGCCGAGCUCAGGAGACUGCUAGAAGCGGACAAAGAGUUACACGUUCCAUUGGAAAGUGAUGCCUGGCUGGUCAGAUUCUUGCGACCCUGCAAGUUCUACCCUCAAAGCGCAUAUGAGCUGAUCAGACGUUACUACGAUUUCAAGGUAAAGCAUGCGAAGCACUACGAUGGUCUGAUGCCCAGCAAAGAGCAGAACAUCUUUUACCAGGACAUCCUGUCGGUGCUGCCCACGCGCGACCAGCUGGGCCGCCGUAUUCUUGUCGUCGAGUUGGGCAAACGCUGGAAGCCAAGUAAAUGCACGCUGGACGAGGCUUUCAAAGGCUGUGUACUGUUCCUCGAAGCGGCAAUGAUGGAGCCAGUGUCACAAAUCUGCGGCGCGCAGGUCAUCUUGGAUAUGGAGGGUCUGUCCAUGACGCAGGUCUGGCAGUUCACACCGCAGUUUGCUAAGCGGCUACUAGACUGGCUUCAGGAAAGUGUACCAGUGCGAAUCAAAGGCUUGUUCAUAGUGAACCAGCCGUACAUCUUCAACAUGGUGUUCCAACUAUUCAAGCCGUUCCUCAGGGAGAAGUUGCGGUCGCGGCUAUUAUUCAUAGGCAAGGACUGGGAGCUGCUACACAAACACGUGAGCCCCAAGUGCCUGCCGGAGGCGUACGGCGGCACGCUCAGCACCCCCAAGGUCACCGGCCCGCAGUGGCUGGAGCUGCUCAUGAUGUGUGAUAAGGAAUUUAGUGCCAUUGCGUCGUACGGGUAUGUGAACAAGUAAUUGGUGUAUGCCUGGCAGCGCGCACACGUGUAGUGAUUAUUGGUGCAAACUAUAAAACCAA